AAGAAACGCUUCUCUCUUAGCCCCGCCCAUCAGCAACAGUUACCAGCUGUUAACUUCUUCUUUCAGUUUGUAGCUUGAAGCUUUUAACUUAUUACAUUUGAGGUUUUUAAAUGUAACCAAAUCAAAGCCUCUGUUUAGGAAUCCCCGCAUCCAUUCACCUCUCUGUCUCAAACCCGUCACCAUGCUGGGCCAGUUCUCGCCCGGCGAGGCCUACAGCGCCCCACAGCUGCUCCAGCCCUUCCGCUUCCGCUCACGAACCGAGCCCGUAGACUGGAGGCGUCUCUCUGCCCUCGACGUGGAACGCGUCGAAAGAGAUAUAGAUGUUGAUGUGCUUCAGGAUUUCAUCACGACCGUUACAUUCUGCGCCGUGGAGGGCGAGAGAUGCCCAAACUGCAGAGGACCUGCUGACCCUUCUUUGAUCAAGCUGCUUCGCAUGUCUCAGCUGAGCACCGAGUACCUGCUGCGCUGCCAGGACUUGCUGAGCUCUCAGGUGUCGGGGCUGGAGGAGCGUCUGCAGGCAGCACUCGAUCUGGUUCAGAGAGGAGAAGAACAACGAGCAGAACUCCAAAAACAUCUGCAAGAAGCCAAACAGGAGAACCGGCGGAGAAAAAAACUGAUCGCCACUCAACAGCUCCUCCUGCAGGCCAGUGCUAAUAAUUAUCACAAGUGCCAGUUCUGUGAAAAAUCCUUUGUCAACUACUCUUACUUACAAGCACACGUUCAGCGGCGACAUCCUGAAGUUACAGAUGCAGAGAGACAAAAGAAGCGGAAAGUAGACGAGAUGGAAGACGGCAUAGAAGAGCUGAAGGAGAAACUGAGACUGACGCAGAUGCAGCUACAGGCAGAGAAAGAAACAGAAAGUUUGAAGCGUCUGCAGGAACAAGAGGAGCAGCGAAGGAGAGAACAAUCGGAGAAGGAAGCACUGGAGAGAUGGAAAGAAGAGGAGAGAAGAAAGUCUCAGCAGGAAAUUGGAGAGCUAAGACAGUUACUUCUCCAAGAGUCUAAAGACAUGGCAAGCAAGAGCUCAUCCAUAGAGGCUAAACUGCAAGUGUUGCAGAACAAGGAGGUGGGUGCAGUUAAUAAUGUCAUUUUACAAGAAGAAAGUGACCCUGAGAAAGAACUGAGAGAAAACAGAGAGAGAGAGCUGAAAGAGAAAAUGGCCAGGAAGAAAAGUGAAUGGAAGAACAAAUUUCAGGAAGCACAGAAAAGACACCGACAGGAGAAAGAAGAGUUGAAGAGUGAGAACACCAGGCUUGUGAAGGCCUUGUCUGUGGAGAAGAACUCUAGCUCCAGUCUGCAGAAACUUCAGCAGCAGGUUGUCUCUCUUUCUUCUCAGCUGAGCCAGAAGGACAGACUCAUCAAAUCUCAAAAGGAGAAGAUUAAAAAGCUGUCAGUCUCAGCUCCAGUGGUUUUACAAGAAGCCCAAGAUUUUCAAGAGGAACCAGAAGAGGAAGAUGAAGAGAGCAUGGAGGAUUCAGAUGAACCUCAGUGGAAGGUUCUAAAGUUACAUAAAGGAAAGUCAGAGCUGAUGAAAGCAUCUAGACCCAUUCUAGAAGAAUCUCUGGAGGAAAAACUAGAGAAUAUGGGACUGCGGAAGGGUACCAAGGGUAUCUCUAAACAAACUUUUAAGAGUCUGAGUGCUCUGUUGACUGGUCAGCAGCUGCAGAGAUACAGACAGCAGCCAGACCUUCAGAACCAAAGAGACAACCUCGCACAUGAGGUCAUCAGGCGAGUUAAAAGCCUACAGAACAGCCAGGGGAAAUUACCACCCAGCACUUUAAAACAGGGGGGAAAGAAAAAAUCAACCCUAGUGAAGGAAAAAAGCCUUCGAUCCAGGGAGGACUCAAAGUCAUCCAUUCAGAGGGCCAAGAGCCAGCAGCCACAAGCACUUAUUCCAACACCUAACCCACGCUCCAGUGUACCUCAUACUCCAAAAACACAGCAAAAAAAGAAUAGCACACCGCCUUUCAGUUCAGAUGAGGAUGAGUCAGUUGAGGACAGUGCCUAUAUCACCAGCUCAAGGGGCAAGCCUUCCCCCUCCUUGCGCCUCGUCCAAUCAGGAUCUCUGCUGAAUCCAACAGCUGAGCCUGAUUGGACAGACAGUGAAUUGUCAGAGGCUCCUGACGCACGCAACCUUGGUUCUGUUGUCCAAACAUUGACAAGAAGUUUGGAAAGACAGCUAAGCACACCAAUCAAAAAGCCAGUAGGAGGGACUAGAGUUCUGCCCCCGUCCAGCCCCUCCCCUCGCCCUGCCAUUGUAAAACAGAGAGCGCUGUCUGAUGAGGAGAGUGACUUGGAGCUGUCCUCCAUAGAAGAGCUCACGGCCAACCGUGCAAGAGCACACAAAGGUUCAGAGGUUGCCGGGACCUCAGGGACCAGCGCAUGGAGUUCUGUGGCCAGCAGACCAGGAGCGUGGUGAAGCGUGAUGCGCCUGCGUCAAAUAAAGGCAUGCUUUCAUUCCAAAAUUCUCAGAGAAUUUACAAUCUCAAUUGCAAAGGAACCAUUAUUAAAAGACUUUAGGAUAUUAGCGAACCAAAAAAUUGUACCCAGAAGAAUCAGCCAUUGCUUGUUUGUGUGCUGUGAUAUAAUCUUCAGGUGCUUUGUUUCUGUAAGCAGUGCCAAACAUGGUCCAGGAUACAUUUUAUCUUUAGCAGCCAAACAGGAAGCAGCACUAAUAUGCAAUGAGCUGAGAGCUUUUCCACAUACAGUAGGUAAUCAUUAGCUGUAAUCAUUUGUGUUAUUUAUAAUAUAACUGAAAUUUAAAAGUAAUCGGAUUCUAAAACUAUCUGCUUCGAAGACUAUCAAUCGAUCAUAAACAUAUGAGAACUGAAAUGUGAUAUUUAGGGAAAUAUACAGUGGUCGGUUAAAUAUGCUAGAAAUGUGAGCAAAAUUGUGACACAUUUACAUAAUUUUGGUUACAGAAUUAUCAUGUGUGCUUUCAUUUUUCUUUGCCUGAUCACAAAUUGUACAGACACUUUUGAGCAGAUGCUCAUUGGGUUAGUAAUAAUACUUAGUGAGCAUGUACUGAUUCAGCACUAAUGAAAAUGAUUUGUCAUGUUAACUUAUUUCAGAUUUUGAUACAUUUCAGUUGUAUGUUUCAAAAUAUUGAAUAUCUUUAGCUGUUUAGGAAGCACUAGAUGAAUGGAUGUUAGAUGGAUUCUGAUGUUUUUAUUGUUCUUCAGCUGAAGAAAGAAAAGACUCCUGAGAGUGAUUUCAAAAAUAUCUGUGUCAUUACCAUUAUAGCUUUAGUGUCUACUUCCCUAUUCACAUAAAAUUAUGAAUGAUUAUUAAAACUAUAGUAGUAAUCUUUAUAGAUUUAGUUUGUUUUAAAGCAAGGAAUGAUCAUGCUUAACUCUUCCAGUAAAAUAAAACAGUAGCUAAUGAGUGAAUAUUGUGAAAUAAUGCUUCACGCUGUAAAUAAA